AACUCUCUCCCUCCCUCCUCCUCCUCCUCCUCCUCCUCCUCCACCACCGCAAACCAUGGCUUCUCCUACCCUCAUAACCCCCGCCACCACCCCAAAACCCCUCCCUCUCGUCAAAUCCAGACACACCGCCACAGCCCCCACCGCCGCUGCUGCCAAAGCUGCAUUGCCGAGUGCGCCGCAACCCCGCCGCCGUGAAUUCCUAUCGAUUGCAUCGGCCAGUAUACUCUCGGCUGGGCUGAUCAGCCCGGUAGUGGCCCCGGCACUCGCUGCCUCCGAUGAGGAGUACGUGAAGGAAACUGAGGAGGUGAUCAAUAAGGUGAGAAGCACGAUCGGAAUGGACAAGAACGACCCCAGCGUGGCCGACGCGGUGGCCACCUUGAGAGAGACGUCCAAUUCGUGGGUGGCCAAGUACAGGAGAGAGAAGGCCCUGCUCGGGAGAGCCUCCUUCAGGGACAUAUACUCGGCCAUCAAUGCCGUCUCGGGCCACUACAUCAGCUUCGGGCCGACCGUGCCGAUCCCGGCGAAGCGGAGGGCGAGGAUCUUGGAGGAGGUGGAAACGGCCGAGAGGGCACUCUUGAGGGGAAGAUGAGCGUGUAAAUUCAUGUGAAGGGAAGAGAUACCCUUUUUGCAUUUCGUUUUUGAUUUUAGGCUUUGCUUUUUGUACUUUUUUCUUGGCUUAUAAUGAGAUGAGAAAUUCACUUUGUGAAAA